UAGACAUGUAGUUGAAGUGGAAUUUAUAAAAUAAUGUAAUAUUCCUCCACGAGCAUUUUUAUAUAUAUGCCAAAAAUCCUUGUCAGAAUACCAAAUUAAAAGACUUCUCUUUUUCCGGAGUAAUCUAUCUAGCUAUGGAGCUCCAAUAUUCAUUGUCCCUCACCAUUUUCCUCAUCAUCUUCUCCUUGUUUUGGUUUGUAAAACAAAGUAGAUCUUCCAUUAAGCUCCCUCCAGGUCCAUGGAAGCUACCUGUCAUAGGGAAUUUACACAACUUGGUAGGCUCACUACCACAUCAUGCUCUUCGAGAACUAGCCAGGAAACAUGGACCUUUCAUGCAUCUACAAUUAGGCCAAGUUUCUCAAGUAAUUAUAUCAUCACCAAGGAUGGCCAGAGAGAUAAUGAAAACCCAUGACCUUCGCUUCGCACAGAGGCCAGAACUUCUUGCGAUGCAAGUCUUGACUUAUGGUGGCUCAGACAUUGCCUUCGCUCCAUAUGGAGAUUACUGGAGGCAAAUAAGAAAAGUUUGCAUCAUAGAGCUCCUAAGCGUCAAGAGGGUCCAAUCUUUCGCUUCUAUUCGAGAAGAUGAGGUUUGGAAUCUUGUUCAGUCAAUUAAAUUAUCUGAGGGAUUGAUCAAUUUUACUGAAAAGAUUUACUCCUUAACAAGUUCCAUAACAUGUAGAACAGCAUUUGGUGAUAAACGCCAAGAUGAACAUGAAUUUGUAUCAUUGUCAGAGGAAGCUAUAUCAUUAGCAGGAGGAUUUGAUAUAGCCGAACUGUUUCCUUCAAAUAAAUUUCUUCAAAUAACAAGGAGGAUGGCAACUAAUAAGUUGAAGAAGGUACGCAGCAAGGUCAAUCAGAUUCUUGAAAAUAUCAUCCACGAACACAGACAGAAACAUAUGACAGAAAAAAAUGGUGGUGAUGAAAGUUGGCCGCGGGAGGAAGAUCUGGUUGAUGUUCUGCUACGACUUCAGCAAAGUGGCAGCCGUGAAUUUCCGCUCACAACCGACAACAUAAAAGCUGUGAUUUGGGAAAUUUUCACUGCUGGAACUGAUACUUCAUCAACAACAGUGGUGUGGGCAAUGUCAGAAAUGAUGAAAAACCCAAGAGUGAUAGAGAAGGCACAAGCUGAGGUCAGAAAACUCUGCCAAGGAAAUAAAGGACUAAUCCAAGAGAAAGAUAUACAGAGAUUGAGCUAUUUGAAGUUGGUGGUCAAAGAAACUCUGAGGCUGCACCCUCCAGGUCCAUUGUUACUCCCUAGAGAAUGCAGGGAGGCUUGCAAAAUUGAUGGCUAUGAAAUCCCAUUAAAAACCAGAGUCAUCGUGAAUGCGUGGGCGAUUGGAAGAGAUCCAGAGUAUUGGAAUGAUGCUGAGAGCUUCAUACCAGAGAGGUUUGAUGGAAGUUCCAUUGAUUAUAAGGGCACAGACUUUGAAUAUAUUCCUUUUGGAGCAGGAAGAAGGAUGUGUCCUGGCAUAGCGUUUGGGAUGGCCAAUGUUGAGAUUCCUCUUGCUAAUCUACUCUACCACUUCAACUGGCAACUUCCCAGUGGAAAAGAACCAGAGAAUCUAGACAUGACUGAAGCCUUUGGAUCUACUGUGGGAAAGAAAAACGAUCUGUAUUUGAUUGCCAUCCCUUUUACUCCUUUACUCUCAUGUAUUUGAACGAAAACAAUCGUUAUACAACUUGUCAUGUCGUCUUGGUGCCCAUUAUAAAUUGGAAGAUAGUUUUCAACAGAACAAUUCUCUCUA